AUGGGCCCGUCCAGCCUGGCCGUCAUCUACAGCGGCUGCACCUGGUCCCGGAGGGGGGGGGCGGCCUGGGCCCCCAGGACCUGCGGGCCUCUGUGGGGAUGGGACUCCUGUGGGCACAAGGUCCUGGCCCCCAUCACCAGCACCCUCAAGGCCAGGCCUGGGGCAUCCAGUCCAGCUGUUCUCGCGUCAGCUCUAUGGGGCCCCGGCCCCUCCCUGGGCUUCAUCGGGGGUGUCUACAGCGGCUGGCUGUCCCCAGCUCUGCUGCUCAUGGAGGUCCUGGCCUGGGCCACACCUGCCACCGGGAGUGCCCGGGCCUCCCCCUGCGCGGGGGCGGCGCCGCAGAAAUCCCCGCAUUGCGGAGCGCGGGGAAGCCGGGGCGCCCGCCCCUCCCGCCUCCCGCUCCCCGCUCCGCGGCUCGCAUCUGUUUGUUGUGAAACCCGAGCCGUCGCUCAUGUGACCCGCCCCUCCCCCGGGCCAGCUGGGGAGGCCUCGCCGGCCGGGUUUUUCCAGGGUGAUGACGGGCAGGGUUUCGAGGCCUCGUGGGUGACGGCAGAGCUCCGGGUCUUGGCGCUCGGUUGGUGGGGCGCCGGCUCCCCCCCCCCAACCCGGGUGGGCGUCCUAACCCGCGUGCGCCCCCCAGGCACCCGGGUGUACAGCCCCCCGGAGUGGAUCCGCUACCACCGCUACCACGGGCGCUCGGCCACGGUGUGGUCCCUGGGCGUGCUGCUCUACGACAUGGUGUGUGGGGACAUUCCCUUCGAGCAGGACGAAGAGAUCCUGCGCGGCCGCCUCUGCUUCCGGAGGAGGGUCUCCCCAGAGUGCCAGCAGCUCAUUCAGUGGUGCCUAGCCCUGCGGCCCUCGGAGCGGCCAUCACUGGACCAGAUCUCCGCACACCCCUGGAUGCUGGGGGCGGAGGGGGGCCCCGCGGAGAACUGGGACCUGCGGCUGCGCUCGCUGGACGCGGACGACGGAGCCAGCACCACCUCCAGCAGCGAGAGUUUGUGAGGAGGGGCCCGGGCCUGGCUUGUGGAGCCGGAGGGGCCCACCCGCCCGGGCUGCCUGCGUCUGAGCGGGCAGUGACCUCUGACUUCUGGUGACCUUUGCCUUUGGCACUGGGUUAUUUCCUUCGCUUUGAGUGCCUUUCCGAACGCUGCUCUCGCGGGACUUGGGCUUCUCAAGCUCUCUGUCCAAAGACGCUCUGGUCCAGGGGGGGUCCGCUCUGGCCUGGCCUGGGCAGGUGCGGCCCGAGACCGUCCCUCUCCUGUGCUGCUCCAGGAGGCAGGCCUUUUGGACUGUGUUGGACCAGGAGCAUGUCCUGUGGCCUCAACUCAUGGAGGGGCACGGGGCCUCUGGUGCCCCCACUUCCCGCGCCCACCUGUUCGUCGGUGUUCGUCUGGGCACGUCAGUGCACUAGCAAUGCAACGCUGGGGCCUCCGCUGCCUGUGCGUGUGCGCACACGUCUAUUUAUGGUCUGACCCCGAGGAGGGCUAUUUAUUUAAUUUAUUUGCAGACGUUUCCUCCUCCCGGCCCCUCUGCCUUCUUCAGGCCCUGGGGUCGGGCCGGUGGCUGUGUGUGUGGACCCCGGUCCCGAUCCUACCUGUGUCCGUUGGGAGAUGGACUUGUACAGUGGCUAAUUUAAGGGGAGAGGGCGACUCCACCACCUCGUGGCUCUGUGCCUCGGGCGUGGGGGGUGGGGUGGGGUUUAAAUUAUUGACCUUGUACAGUCUGCUUGUUGGCUCUGGAGGCUGGGGGGGGGCAGAGUCUCAAGCCUUUAAUUUACUGUAGCAGCUGCGUCUCUGUGGCCCAGGCGCCGGUAGGCGCCGCGGCUGGGGGCUCUUGCAGUUCAAAAGUGAGAUGUCUGGAGAUCAUAUUUUUUAUACAGGUGUUUCAAUUAAAUUGUUUUGUAUAUAA